UAUAAUGUUGUAUUCAAUGUGGGCUCCGAAUAUUUUUAAUAUUAACAAAGUUUAAUAUAAGUUAUAAAUUGUGAAUCUCAGUGAUAUAUGGAAAUAAACUGUAAGUGUACAAACUCGUUACAUAAUAUCCAGUUAAAUUAGCAUUAAAGUCUGCAAAUUGCAAUUAUUUGUUAUUGUUGUCAAUAAACAAAUCCAGUUUUACCAGCAAAAUAACCGCUUUUAGUAAAGACCCAUAUACCUGUUUUUGCAGGUGUACAGGGUCGGACUUACUUUUCACUUAACGUUUAUCCAAAUUUCGAAAUUAAUUCAAACAUGGAAUCACACAACAGUUCUACAAUACAAGACCAUCAAAGUCAAAUAAACGCACCACAGUCAUACUCUUUGGCAGCGUCGGGAGUGCAAUUUCCUUUAAAGUCCCAAGGAAUUAUCUUUAGUGCCUUAGAAAACACCAAACUUCAAGACUACCUUCUCCCGCUUGGAAAUAUAAUUCAACCGAAAAAUAUAAUCUUCUCUUCUAGAUUAUCUAAUAAUCGCAUAUGUAUGUAUUUAUCCAAUAAACAAAUGGUGGAUGAUUUUAUGAAUAAUCAUGGUCAAAUAGAAAUACAAGGUGAAAUUGUCAGAGCGAGAAGCGGAACGACUUGUGCUCUCCGGCGUAUGUCCUUCAAUACCGCACGACUUGCUAAUCAAUGAGUUACAAAAAAUCGGCAUAGUUCCUGUCUCCCCCAUGACAUUCCUCAAAAUUAGUGCUUCUAUGCCUGAGUACAAUCACAUCCUUAGUUUUAGAAGACAAAUCUAUAUCAGUCCUCACAGUCUAACACUACCAGAGACAUUUACUGUUGUUUUUGACAACACGAUAUAUAGAAUAUUCAUUUCUCAAGACAGUUUAGUUUGCUUUAGAUGCAAGAAGCCAGGUCACAUUGCAUCCCAGUGCUCCGAACCACUAGCUCAACUAAACACUAACCAAAACAAUGAAGCAUCGAUAUCCAGCGCAACAAAUAUAUCUUCGCAAGCACCCAAUGAUACAAACCCUUCUCAGUGUGAACAAAUGUCUAUUUCUAAUGUCCCGGAGAUACCAAACAAAGUAGAUGCAUUAAAUAAGGACAGUCACAUAAUCAAUCAACCAAAACGUAACUUUGAUGAAAUUAUUUCACCUGAAGCAGACCCAUCUUCAAAAGAACGUAACAUUUUUCCACCGCCUAAAGUCCAAGCAAAAUCUAAAAAAGCUAAAAUUAGUUCAGCAAGCACUUCUGAAUGCUCAUUUUCUCUCUUACUUGACCCUGCCAAAAACUUCAUAGAAAAUCACCCUCUACCUUUCCCUCUAAACUUUGAUCAACUUGACAUGCUCCUAACGAAUAUCACGGGAUCAACAGAUCAUAUAGCCACGAUUAAAGAAUAUACCACAGACCUAGAAGCCUUAACCGAGAUGCUCAUUGAAGUUUACCCCCAUUUAAAGGAAAGAUCUAUAAAACGCAAAAUCACGUCCUUAAGGAAAAAAAUUCAUAAAUACCUUGGUAGUGAGGAGGCAUCGGACUGGGAAAGUGACACAUCUCAAUUAAGUCAACAUUAAGAUUUAAGUUUCUACUUCAAAAGAAUAUUGAUGGAUUUAUCCAUCGCCUAGCUAUGCUCCAACAUCUUUCUCUAAAUUCCAGCAUCUAUACUGCAGAGCUCUUUGGUUUGUUUAAAGCCAUCAAACGUGUAAAUAUUAAAAACCUCCCCUGUUGUCUAGUCCUUUCCGACUCUCUUAGCAUAGUCAAAGCUAUGCAAAAUAUAUACCACAAACACCCCAUUGAGAAAAGAAUCAAGGCCGAACUAAUGGAAGCUCAAGAAAGUUUCAGAAGAAUCUUCCUGUGGAUACCAUCUCACAUAGGCAUAGAAGGAUAUAGGAACAAGCAGAGUACUAGUGCGCGUAACGCUAUCACUAAUGAUGUAU